CACCGCGUACGGCCUUGCCAGUCUGUGCUUGCGGUGCUUGCCACGCGCUUCUAGUUCCCCUCGACGUUCCCCCCAGACCUGCUGAGUGACGGAGACAGCACCUUCCUCUAUAUCGUUCUGUCCUUUAGAAGACGCGGACAACUCCACUCACAGAACGCUGGGUCUAUAUAUAUAUAUAUGUCUAUGGUCGACACUGUGUCGACAGUCCUGCGAUGGUCAAUUGUUUCGUGGCCGGGAUACAGACAACACGUGGCGACUAACGUAUAAAACCUAACCUGCCUACUCAGGCUGGUCGUAUUAUUAUUUGGUUAAAAGCAGCAAUUUGUUAGAUAAUAUUUUAUCGAGACACGGUGAAGAGUAAACAUGUUUCUUAUACAGUGUGAAGACGACAGUUCUUAUUGUAUAGUAGACAAUCAUGACGUAAUUUGUGAUGAAAAUAUAAUAGAAAAUGGUGACACUGUGACUUUUUUUUGGAAUAAAAAAAAGUUUUCUGGAAACAUAAUUAUGCGUUCAGAGAAUGUUGAAUUAUUAAACAAAGAAAUCCGCAAACUGAAGAAAACUGAUAUGUGUAAAAAGAAACGUUUAACAUUGCAUAAUGUAGUCGCUUCUGGUAAAAGAAAAACUGUACUGAAUAAGACAUGCAUGUCACUCGAUCGACCAAGUACUUCAUCUACUAAAAAGAUGAAAUUGGACAACAUUUCUGAAAAGGUAAUAAUUUCUUUACGAUAUAAUAAUAAAUUGUUACGCCCGCGUUGAGCCACCGUUGCGAGCUGAGUCCAGUAGUUUCAUUUCGUAGUCACUUUACACGACGACUGGACUUUACUUGCAACGGUAGCUCAAAGCUCGAGCGUAACACAUAUACUAUAUGUUAAUUACUGAAAGAUACAUAUAUUGGAACACAGAAACUAUGGAAUUUUUAUAUACAUUUCUUUUUUUAUCAAUUAUCACAACAUGAGUAACAGUACAUCAAAAUAAAAUGUGUAAAAUUGAUAU